AUGAAAUGCCCAUCAUAUGACACCUUCCAUGUUCUUCAUGAGUGGUAUCAGCCUGGGGAUCUCCUGAUCGGUGGGAUUUCUUCUCAGAUCAUUUACUUUUUCCCUUCCAUAUCCUUUGAGGUCUCCCCUUCCAUUGAAAUGGAGAUGGAUCUUCCAAUUGUGGUGACGAAGUCCUACCAGCAUGUCCUUGCCCUGGCAUUUGCUGUAAAUGAGGCCAACGAGAACUCCACAGUCCUGCCAAAUGUAACACUGGGGUUCCGCAUCUAUGAUAGCUACUAUGAUGCAAGGGCAACAUAUCACACCACACUGGGCCUGCUUUGUAAUUCACACAGAUUCACCCCCAACUAUGAGUGUCACACCCAGAACAAUCUCAUGGCUGUCAUUGGAGGAAUGAAUUCCGACAUCUCUUUCUAUAUGGCAGAUCUCUUAAGCCUCUACAAGAUUCCACAGCUCCACCCAUUUCUUCAAGGCAUUUCCUUUAAUAACUCUGCUGGAGAAAUGGUGUCUUUUAAUGAUAAAUGGGAAUUGGUGGCAGGAUUUGACAUAAUGAACGUGCUCAUAUUGCCAAACAGCUCCUUCCUUAGAGUGAAAGUUGGACGGGUGGAUCCCAACGCUCUUGAAGGAGAAGAAGUUACCAUCAAUGAGGAUCUAAUUGUGUGGCACCAACGUUUUAACCAGGUUCUUCCCCUUUCUGUGUGUAGUGACUCCUGUCAGCCUGGUUAUAUGAAGAAAAAGCAGGAGAGGGAGAAAUUCUGCUGUUUUGACUGUGAUCCGUGUGCAGAAGGGAUGAUUUCUACUCAAAAGGAUAUGGAUGACUGCUCCCAAUGCCCAGAAGAUCAAUAUCCAUCCAAGAAUCAAGAUAGAUGCAUUCCCAAAGUCAUCACCUUUCUGUCUUAUGAAGAACCUUUGGGGAUGAGUUUAGCCUCGCUUGCUGUUUCUUUUUCCCUGAUCACAGUCCUGGUGUUUGGAACUUUUAUUAAGCACAAAGAUACCCCCAUUGUCAAAGCCAACAACCGAGAUAUCACCUAUAUUCUCCUCAUCUCCCUCCUACUCUGCUUCCUCUGCUCUUUGUUGUUUCUUGGACCACCUGGGACAAUAACCUGCUUUCUCAGACAUUCUGCUUUCGCCAUCAUCUUCUCAGUGGCUGUGUCUUCUGUGUUGGCCAAAACCAUCACUGUGGUUCUUGCUUUCAUGGCCACCAAACCGGGGUCCAGUAUGAGGAAGUGGGUGGGGAAAAAGCUGUCCAAUUCCAUUGUCCUUUUCUGUUCGUUCAUUCAAGCAAGCAUUUGUGCAGUGUGGUUGGGAACUUCUCCCCCAUUCCCUGAUUUUGACAUGCAGUCACUAACCAAAGAGAUCAUAGUGAAAUGCAAUGAAGGCUCUGUUGUCAUGUUUUCUCUGGUCCUAAGCUAUAUGGGACUUCUGUCCAUCAUCAGCUUCACGGUGGCUUUCCUUGCCAGGAAGUUGCCAGACAGUUUUAAUGAAGCCAAGUUCAUCACCUUCAGUAUGCUGAUGUUUUGCAGUGUCUGGUUGUCUUUUGUUCCCACCUACCUGAGCACCAAAGGGAAAUAUAUGGUAGCUGUGGAGAUCUUCUCUAUCUUAGUCUCGAGUGCUGGGCUACUGGGUUGCAUCUUCCUCCCCAAAUGCUACAUUAUUGUGCUGAAGCCUGGUCUGAACAGCAAGGAGCAGCUAAUAAGGAGGAAAACAUAG